AUGGACAAAACUCAAACCGAACCAGAGGAGAAGCCUUUCACCGCCUUCAAGACCCUUGUGGAGCGCGGCGAGACUUCUAAGAACCUCCUCCCAGAAUGGAUGUACAACUUCCUGAUGGACAGCAUUGCAAAAUGUCGCAAGCACUACGUGGCUCUCAGCAAUCGCCACGAGAACGAGGUCAGCAAGCGCUCCAAAGAGAAGACUGCGGAGCAUGCGCGCUACGAGAGUGUUGUAAGUCUGGGGCUCAUCAUCGUGCACCAUUGCGUCGAGAUCACGCCGUCAGCAACACCUGGCUGAUGUGCUCUUCCACAGAUCGACACCUACCACGGCCUCUUUCGUUUCUUUGACAUAUCGAUCCCUGACGGCGCGGGCUAUGCGUCUGUAGAGCGUCGUGGCCAGUAUUUGGACCUUCUAAACACCCACCUGACUGUGAGUAAUGCAAGGCAUAGCUUUGAAUCUCAGCGAUGAGCAUGCUCUGAUAGCUUCCUCACCGUUUUGCUCCCUACCGUUUUGCACAGGCAUGGACCGCCAAUCAACGCGUGUAUCGCCUGAAUCAAGUUCUGCAAGAGGACAGUGGUGUUGCAGGCCCGUCGACCUCGCAGCCGGGCCCGACCGGUCCAUCGCUUGCUCAGCCAACCGUUCCACCUUAUGAUGCAUUCCCUGAGCAAGGCGAAACGCGCAUCGUCGGGGGAACCGGAGGCAACGCCUCUCAAAACAGCACUAGCAACCAGACGGUAUAUCAUGGGCUGGUGCAGCCUGUCUCGUACACGUACAAUAUCAGCUAUGGCGGAAGUCGCGCGAGCACGCCGAAUCCUCCUAGCAGCGACGCUUGGCUCUCUGACCACCUGGGUCAGCUCAACCUCCAAGCAAGUAAGGUGUCGCCUUGA